UGCCACGACAACGAUGGACAGCCAUUUUUCAAUAUCUUCGUUUCACACACAGAAUUUUGUCUUGGUCCCUUUAGUGGGGUCUUAUACUGAUUCCUACAGCUGCCAAUUCUUCAUUACUGCUUGUUGCCCCCACCCACUUAAGAGCACCUCAUUAAUGGCUGCCCCAACUUUUACUCUCCACUUUCUGCACUUCCCAGUGCUCUUUCUUCUAAUUUCAGUUCCCCUUUUCUCAAAUUGCUAUAGAAAACACUCAUUUCUGAUCAGCUGAAAUUCCAAGAUUUGCUGCUAAAUUUCAACCCUUUUGGGUUUUCUUGCAUUUGCUGUUUCCUUUCUAGUUUGGGACUUGAAGCAAAGGAAGGUAGAGAUGAGAGGAGGUGUCAGUGAAAGUUUCAGUCUUGACCUUCUGCUGGUUGUAUUUGUACUGCUUCUUUGCCUCCAGGACUCCAGUUGCAGCUCACUGAAUCAUCUACAAGGCUCUCUAAUCAUGGACAUAAAGGAGGAUACUCUUUUGCUAGAGACGUCUCCAACUGCUGCUCCGCAACCCCUUCUUCCCCUUUUUGCACCUUCUCCAUUGGCACCUUUCACAAACAGCACUUCACCUAAACUAUCUGGACUCUGUACGCUGAACUUUGAUGCUCUGAAAAGCAUGAUGGCUGUGACAUCAAUAGAUUGUGUAGCACCAUUUGCAGAGUAUCUGGCUAAUGUCAUGUGUUGCCCUCAACUGGAAACAACUCUUGUUAUUCUUAUUGGGCGGUCUAGUAAAAAAUCAAAUAUGCUUGCUUUAAAUGGGACACUCGCAAAGCAUUGCCUUUCAGAUUUUCAGCAACUCCUGGUCAGCCAGGGUGCAAAUGAUACUCUGCAGCAGAUAUGCUCUCUUGAUCCAGAAAACCUUACUGAAGGUUCUUGCCCAGUCAAAGAUGUUCAUGAGUUUGAGACUACUGUGGACUCAUCUAGCCUACUUGCUGCCUGUGGCAAGAUCGAUCUUGUGAAUGAAUGUUGUGAGGAAACUUGUGGAAAUGCUAUAACGGAAGCUGCAAAAAAACUUGCACUUAAAGCAUAUGAUAUUUCAAGGAUGGAUGGCUCUCAUGUACUGUCUGAUCACAUAACUAGAGUUAACGACUGUGAAAGGAUUGUACACCGAUGGCUGGCAAGUAAACUUGAACCUGCUGGAGCAAAACAUGUUCUUAGAGGACUUUCUAAUUGCAAAAACAAUAAAGUGUGCCCUUUGGUUUUUCCUAACAUGAAAAAUAUUACAAAGGCUUGUGGAGAUGGGAUGAAUAACCAAACAACAUGCUGUAAUACUGUCGAGAGGUAUGUGUCUCACUUACAGAGGCAGAGCUUUGUAACCAACUUGCAAGCUUUGGAUUGUGCUGCUUCGCUUGGACUUAAGCUACAGAAAGACAAUGUUAGCAAAAAUGUCUACAAUCUCUGUCACAUUAGUCUCAAGGAUUUUUCCGUACAAGUUGCACCAGAAGUUUCGGGGUGUCUUUUGCCAAGUUUACCAUCGGAUGCAAUACUGGACAAAACUAUGGGGAUCAGCUUUGUAUGCGACUUAAAUGACAACAUUCCGUCUCCUUGGCCAUCUAUGACUCAGUUACCAGCUUCAUCAUGCAAAAAGCCAGUGAGAAUUCCUGCACUUCCUGCUGUAGCAUCGGGGCAGAUCAGUUUUAAAGGAUUAAAUAUAUGGUCACACCUGCUGCUGGCUGCCUCGAUGAUACUGGAAUUCUGCUGUAUAUAGUAUAUAUAAUGCUGCCAUUCUUUCUUACUAGCAGUAUUUCGUGGAAGCGUAAAUCUUGACCAGAAAGGAAACUGUCUGAAAGUUACAGUUCUCUGAAGGUGUCUCUUUGACAUCAAAACUUCAAAAUGUACAAAUGCAGGAAAAUCAUGCACCUAAGUGAAUUGAUUCCAAGAUCAAUUUUGUGACAAAUUUUUCACUCUGUUAAUGUAAAUAAAUUACACAGUAGGUAGACUUUCAUGUAAAUAUUUCCAGUUGAUAAAAACUUUUCCUUUGUAUAAUUUGGAAAUCCUAAUGAAGCAUUUUUAAAAAACGCACAUUAGGUAAGUUUUUAUGAGUUAGUUUUUAAGGUUGCA